UGCAGCCCGGAGGCCAGCCCGCAGCCGCCAGCUCUUCGCUCCGGACCUGGUCCUGCUCGUUCCGGCCGCGCGCCCCCGUCCCAGACCAGUGCAGCCCAGGCCCGUGCAGCCCUCGCCAUGCCGGUCAAAGGAGGCACCAAGUGCAUCAAAUACCUGCUCUUCGGCUUUAAUUUCGUCUUCUGGCUUGCUGGGAUUGCAGUCCUUGCCAUUGGACUAUGGCUCCGAUUCGACUCUCAGACGAAGAGCAUCUUCGAUCAAGAAAAUAGUCAUUCCAGCUUCUACACAGGAGUUUAUAUUCUGAUUGGAGCCGGCGCCCUCAUGAUGCUGGUGGGUUUCCUGGGCUGCUGUGGGGCUGUGCAAGAGUCCCAGUGCAUGCUGGGAUUGUUCUUUAUGUUCCUCUUGGUGAUAUUUGCCCUUGAAAUAGCUGCGGCCGUCUGGGGAUAUUCGCACAAAGAUGAGGUGAUUAAGGAACUCCAGGAAUUUUACACGGACACCUACCACAAGCUGAGAAACAAGGACGAGCCCCAGCGGGAAACGCUGAAAGCCAUCCACUAUGCGUUGGAUUGCUGUGGUAUAGUAGGGGGAGUGGAACAAUUCAUCUCGGACAUCUGCCCCAAAACGGAUAUACUCACAAGCAUCACAGUGAAGCCCUGCCCUGAGGCCAUCAAAGAGGUCUUCCACAACAAGUUCCACAUCAUUGGCGCCGUGGGCAUCGGGAUCGCCGUGGUGAUGAUCUUUGGCAUGAUCUUCAGUAUGAUCCUGUGCUGUGCUAUCCGCAGAAGCCGAGAGAUGGUCUAGAGUCAGCGUGCGCUCCUGAGCAGGAAAGUUUACCCCUGAAGAUCGUUGGUUAUUUUCCUGGGGUUUUAUUUUUGUUGUUAUAGUUUUGUUGUUGUUGUUGUUUCUUUUUUUUUUUUCUUUUUUGCCACUAACUUUUAGUAUUCAUUCUGCAUUUAUAAACAAGGAAAAAAGUUAUUCUAUGUUUAUCUUUUUUAAUGCUUUAUUCAUACGGAUAGUUGAGAGAUUGAGGGACUUGUUUUGCUUUGGUUUAUAAUUUUUGGUUUGUUUUUGCUUAUUAUGUUAGGCAGAAAUCCUGCAAUGAAAGGUACUAUAUUUGCUAGACUCUAGAGAAAAGAUAUUGUACAUAAAGAGAUUUUUUUUUUCUUUAAAUAGAUUUAAAAAAAUGUCUAUCAAAUUUAAUCAGAUUGUAACUUAUGUUGAAGACAAUUUGAUACAUAAUAAAAGAUUAUGACAAUAUCCUG